CAAGAGAAAUGACAAAACUUUUAUUGAACAACAAAUUUGAAGAGGACCUACUGUAAAAUUUGUUUUUAAUUUUGUAUUUAAAUAACUUGAUUCCCAACUUAAUAGUUUAAAAUAUUUAAUUAUUACCAUUUAUGGCAUUGGUAAAUUAUAGUUCUUCAUCUGAUGAUGAUGAAGAAGACAAUGCCAAACCACCGGAACCAAAAAUUAUGAAGAUUAGUCCAAUACAAAAACUUCCUUUGCCUUCAGCUAUAAGUAGCAUGAACAAAGUGUUUCACGUAGCUCCAGAAGAUGAUCCAUCGAAACAUGGAGGACGAAUCCGUUCGUUUGAACACGAACGUGGAAACUGGGCCACUCUAAUUUUUAUACCAGUUGAUUUAAAUAUAAUGGACGAAUUACAAAUGAUGAUACAAAAUGCCUUACACAAAUCAAUUGAUUUAAAACAAUCUGAAAAUAUACAUUUAAGUCUGACAAAAACUGUUAUUCUGAGACAUCAUUGGAUAAAACUAUUUGUGAAAUCGCUUCAAGAAACCUUAGUUUCAUCAGAACAUUUCCCCGUCGAAUUUCAGUCUCUUAACGUUUAUCUCAAUGAGGAAAGAACAAGAACGUUCAUUGGACUAACGGUCGGUGACGUAUAUUUUGAAAAGUUACAUAAACUGAUGCUUAAAAUGGAUAAAUUAAUGAAUGAAUUUCAAUUAAAUACAUUCUAUGAGAAUCCUUCAUUUCAUGCCAGUAUAAUGUGGUGUUUGGGCGAUCAGGAAAGUUUAAUAAAAGAAAAAUUACCUGAACUAAAUGCAAAGCUUUCCGAAAUGAGAGAAACAAAUGCAGAUGACUUUCAGAUAAAAGUUAAUCAAAUAAAAUGUAAUACCGGAAAUAAGAGCUUUAAUUUUGAAUUGAAAUAAAUUAUGUUAAUGACUGAAAUAAAUUAUAUUCAAGACAAAUAA